AUGGCAGAAAAUAUCAGUAGCAUUACAGAUGAUAUAGAUACUAUGAUAGAAGCGACAGAGGGAAUUUCAAUAAUUGGUGGAGGUGCAGCGAAAGUAAUUGGAGUUGGAGAAACCAUUAAACCUUUUAUUCCAAUAAUCGCUACAAUAUCUGAUGAACAAAGAAGGUAUGACCAGGAAAGUUUAGAAUCAGAUCUGGCGGAAAUGAGCGAGUUUAGCGAAAAUGUUCAAGGCACAUUAAAGUUUGUUCAAGGAUCUUUAAAUAUUCUCCACCAGGAGGUAUCAAUCAUCAAGUCCAAAUUUUGCUCGAAAGAAAAGGAACCAGCCAAUACUGAUACACAAAUUUCAGCACCAAGAAUAGAUCCUACAUUAUUGAAAGAUAUUGAAUCAGAAGAACCCCCCCAAAAAGCAGAAAAUUCUGACAUUACAUUUGUGAAAAAAUUCUAUACGAAAAAUGCCAUAGCAGUAUCAUGUGAAACAGUAAUCAUUGAUCAAAAACUUUUUCAAUCACAGAAAAAGCAAGGAUAUUUGGCGAUUUUAGGAAAAUUAGGAGAAUGUCCAAAUAUCCUUAAAUUUUUCGGGGUUUCAACUAUAAAAGAUUCCUCAACAUUGAGAGAUAUUGAACAUGAUCCGGAAGAAAGGAUUUCUAUAGGCAAGCUUUAUAUAAUGCUUGCAAAUAUGCAAAACAAGUAUGUUCCUUCCGGAUACUUGCCCGACCUUUUACCCAAUAAGGUUAUGAAUUUGGAUGACGAUAAAAUGGCAGAAGAACAUGUAAUGUCAGAUGACGAAAGUCUUUACUUUAGUAAAGACGACGAUGAAGAUCUUAACGAUAUCGAGGAAAUUCUGGAAGUUGAUCAAGGAAUUGAACUUCAUGUAACGAGAGAUCCCGCAAAAAGGAAAGAAGCUUGGAAAUGUUUUGUGGCAAAUGCAGCUAAAGGACAUUCAAAAGCUAUAUUCUGGAAAGGAUAUUAUCUAUGGGAAGGAUAUUAUACAGAUGAAAAAAGAACACCGGAGAAAAUUAUGGAGGAUCGAAAUGAAGCACUCCAUCUUUUUAAAUCUGCGGCAGAUGAUGGUAUCGCAGAAGCACAACUACGUUAUUCAUUUGCAUUAAAGGAUUUAAAGCAGAUCAAAGCGAAUGAUAAAUAUGAAGAAUUCAUGCAUUACUUGAGAUUAGCAGCAGAAAAUGGAAAUCCAGUGGCGAUGUUUAAUUUGUCAGAUAUAUACAUAAACGGAAAGUUAAAAGAAAAGAAAGAUGAGAUUACUGGCAUAAGAUAUCUAAAACUUGCAGCAUUGAAUAAGAAUGAGAAGGCGAUCUUGUUAGCCAAUCAGAUGAAAUUAAACAUUUACGAUUCAAAUUACAAUUAG